CGACGUGUACGAGCAGGCCGGUGAGGAGGGAGACGAGGCGCGCGCGCCCGCGCCCGGCGUGCGCUCCUUCCUCGCCGACCUGGAGCCCGGCAGCCUCGUGUGCGACGUCGGCUGCGGCAACGGGAAGUACCUGAGCGUGAAUCCGUCCGUGUUCUCGGUGGGUGGUGAUCGCUGCUCGCGGCUGGCGGCGCACGCGCGUCACCAUGACAAUGAGGUGGUGGUAUGCGACAACUUAUGCCUGCCGUUUCGGGACGAGUCGUUCGACGCGGUACUCUCCAUCGCCGUGGUGCACCACUUCGCGACAGUGGAGCGACGCGCCAUGGCACUCAGGGAGCUGGCGAGAGUCACCAGGAUCGGGGGCCGACUGCUUCUUACCGUGUGGGCGAUGGAACACGAAGGACGGAACUUCCACUCACAGGAUGUUCUUAUUCCUUGGCACCGACCAGCGACGUUGUGCCCGCCAACACCUGCGCCUCGAUUCUUAUCCGUCGAUAACGACCAAAACGUCGGACCCUGGAAGAACCGCGACGGCUCCCCUGGUUCUUCUUCGCUCUCAUCGCCCAACGAGACCUGCUACUCGUUCGUCCGUCGAGCGCUGCAGCGGCUAGCAGGGCGGCGCUCCUUCCUUCCUUCCUGGGGGCUCGCGCGAGUACCGCCCCGGCCUUGCGUACGCCCCGAACCCAUCGCCGCAGACCUGCCUAUAGAACUACGACGCCUGGACGAAGCCCUACCUCCCAGACUUAUCCCGCAAGCCUCCGAAACUUCAACUAUGAAGUCCCGCAGCCUCACCGACAUCGCUGACAUCGAAAGACGAACAUUAAUUCGCUCCCGUUCCAGCCUUCCAAGCUUAGGCGGCGAUGAUUUAGAAACACCACCCUCUAGACUACCAGUGACAGAACCCUCCGAACCCCGAAGGAAACCUCGCCUCGUCAAACAGAAGAAGUCCAUCAACGAAGACGACGCGGAGGACUUGGACAAACCUACGGACAUGAAGAGCAUGGUCGACGAAAUGCCCAAUUUCAAAAUUCACACGUACAGACUCGAGCCGAGAAAGCCCGGUGUUUUUAAACAGACUUCCCUCAAUGAGGAUUUAAUGUCCGCGGAGAGAUUGCGGGAGAAAGAGCGCCUGAGGAAGAAUAUACAGAAACAGGCGUCUUUAAACGAGGAUUACCUUUAUCGACAACCAGGCGCGUUGGACACAAUACGAGACUCCAUAUUUUCUACGUCCGCGACGACAGCAAAGAAGUUCCAGUCGCUCAAGAAUGGCCUCACUAGUAAGUUCAAGACGUCUACAACGAAUAUAGAUAAAGUAACCGUCUUCGUCCGAAUGCUCCAAGGGUGGAAGAGCCACGGGCCCGUGCCGGAAGUUCCUACGCCGAGUGACAAUAAUAACACGAAUGAUAAACCAUUACCGGAACGAAGACAUUCUCGAGAAGACGGUUCCGAUUCUUCGAAAGAUAGCAGUCUACAAAGUGACACCAGUGUCGAUUCAGAAGAUAGUUUCGCAUCUGUGAUAUAUGUUCCAAAAGCGGAUGGUUUCGAAGAUCCUCUGUCACCUACGCCUCUUUCUCCUGGUCCUACGUCACCCAGAUUAAAAGUUUCAUCAGUGCCUACCUCUCCAAGAAUGAAGAGCUCUCCAGGGUUGCCAUCGCCUAGAAUAAAACAAGCUUUUCCCCUUAUCCGACCGCCAGCAUCGCCAAUCACUGUUCAGACACCUACAACUGUAAACAAAAUUCUGGUGGCACAAUACAGUUUAAAAAAUUACUCUACAACGUCUAUCUGCACUGGCCCCAUGAAACCCCAGUCAAAGAGUCAACCUAAUUCACCUCCCAAAUCAGAAUCAGAUGAUAAUACAGUAAAACCGGAAAACCUUCCAAUUAUGAAUAAGAAUAUUUCAAUGGAAGUUUUUGAGGAAGUUGAUCCCAUACCACCUAUCAAAGAAGAAGAAGAAUCAUCUCCUACUUCGACAGAGGUAACGAAAGUACUUUUAGCUGAAAUAAAUAAAGAUAUAGAAGAAAUUCACAAGUUAACCGCUGAAACUAAUCAACUUAAGCCUCGUGUUGUACUACAAGAUUUAAAACCGUAUCCUAAAAUAACAUUACAGACUGUGGCGGAGUUGCCCGAAAUACCACAGUUUAAGCCUAAAGAAGCUAAUAAAACUCCUACUGUAGAUAGUCUAGACUCCAGGGUUGCUGAACGAAAGCGAAAAGAAAGAAUAAGACAAAUUAAAGAAAUGUUAAAUAAAGGUAUUCCUCCUGUGAACAUCAGUAGAAGGUCACCAUUUCCCAUUGUACGCUGCACUAGCAAAGCCGAACCUAUUGCUAAAAGUCGGCCGACAUUAAUGUCGUUAGAGCUCUUCAAUCCAGCUGUAGAUGACAAGGACUCUGAUUCAAGCGGUGUUUCAUCGCCUGAUUCAGUGGACAGCGUCAUCAGCGUCGUGCCUGAAGAAUUACGGAAAGCAGCGCAAAGAAAAGACCUACCGACGCCUCCAACAACAAUAAUAGAACCAAAGAAUGAAAAUAAAGAAACGCCGUCAUGUAAUAUACCACAAGCUCCACAAAGUUUAAUAGAAGCCGCAGCUGAAGUUGCACACACAUUAGACGAAACGUGCGAAGCAGUAAUCCAAUCAAGUCCUAGAUCAAAAAGGAAACAUUUAGAAAAAUUAGAAAGCGGAGAAGCAAUCGCUAUUAUUCAGGGAGCGUCAAGUAGCAGCAGUAGUAGUAAUUGGAGUCUGAACAAACUGUCACCUGGGGAUUUAAGAAUACUGGAAGAUAAAUCUAGGUCUCAAUCGCACACAAGUUCCAGCGGUAGUACGUCCAGUCUGGAACGACUUUCGCCAGGAAGAAGGUCGAAGGAUCGUUCACCGAAACAAGGCAGCACCAGUAACUCCACUUGGAGUCUAAACAGACUUUCCCCUAACAGGCCUGAAGGACGCUCGCUAGACGAGAACCUAAGCCGGAGCCACAGAAGUCCAACAAGAUUUCCUUACGAUUCAGUUUCAAUAUCCAGUACAGACUCAGAAAAAUCAAUUUCUAAAUCUGAAAGUUUCAACCGAAUACAAAAUGAACCACUCAUUACGUGUAAAUCUGACAUGAUAGCCAAGGAAGAAGAUUGGGUGCCUGAACAACAGGACCGUGGUCAACAUUUAACAGAAUUUGCCGAAAAGCUUAGUGAAAAAUUGUUACAAGAAAUAGAUCAAUAUUCAAAGCGAAUAAACGAGGAAGAUUUCGAUCUACCAAGCAGUAGUAGUAGUGAAAAAAGUAUUUCACUAAGGCUGAAACGAGAAGAGGAGGAUAGAAAUACACAAAAAAUAUUAGAUGAGCUCUCAGAUAGUUUACAACAUUUAGAAGAUCCUUAUAUCAACAAAAUGGGUAGUGACUUGCAGGGAUUGAAUAAACUAAGCACUGAAAUUCAGGACCGAAGUAAAUAUAUAGUAGGUACGAACGACGUCCAAGAGACUGAUAUCAACAAACUGUUUCCUAAAUGCGGCUCUAAAAUUAAAAGUAAAAAGAGGUCGAAGAACGUCGACCCCAUUAUUAAUAAGUAUAGAGAAUUGAAGAAAUCAAUGAAGGUAACGAGCGAGGAAGACAUAUAUUUAAAUAAUUGUGCCAAUAUACAAUACAACGUCAAACCUAUCACUACAGAAGAGAAGCUACCUGAAACUGAGACGAAAAACCCAGACGACGAUAGUGCCAUAUGUUCCAGUAACGGGAACCCGGAGAUAACAAUAGAUUCUGGGGCGUACGACACGAGCCAAUCUCUCGAGACCGGUUAUUCCUUAGAAUCGGAAAUCAGCGUCGACUCUUUAUGUACGAGCACAGAUAAGAGGUCUUCGUUGAAAGUGGGGCAAUCGACGGAUUCCAGCGACUUAGACAAGAUGGAGAUAAGCCCGGAGUCGAUAACGUCGCGGUCCAGCACGAGCACGGCGCCACUGAAGUCGGGCUUUUCGAUAGAGUCCAGCGACACGUCGGCGGGAAGUGACUGGAGCAGGCGAGACAAGACCGGCAGCACAGCGUCGCUGGGGUGCGCUAGCUUGGCUUCUCUUCCCUCGUGCAGCGAGUGUUCGAAAGAACGGAAGUUGAUUGAAACUCGGUCUUCUUCUGAGGACGCGGCAAAUGUUCCACCGCCAGUCCCGAGUCGAGCGCUUCCCCACGCUCCUCUCCUGCCUUCCCUCAGCGACGGGUCCGACAGCUUACCUUCAGAGGGCGGCGCCGUCACUUACCACAGAUACUACCACGUCUUCAAGCGAGGAGAACUGGACCAACUAAUCGAGAAGUACGUCGAGAGCCUCCACGUCGUCUCCUCCUACUACGACCAGGCAAGCUGGUGUGUUAUAGCGGAAAAAGUUCAAGUGUGGACCAUAUAGACUACGAUAUAUUAUUAGCCGAGGACUCAUGCCGCUAGUGGUAUCACGAACGAGAGAAUCGUACACGAAUGUGAACUCUUAACGAUCUUAUGACACAGUGAAAAUAAUGACGAUGGGAACUUUAGUGUAAUAAAUUAGUGCGGUGAACGUGUCCAAGUGACCUUUCUAACGAACUUCCUAGCGAGUGUUAUCUAUUUAUUUUCAUAAGAACGAACAAGCGAGCGACCCUAACGCAAUAUGCCAAAGGCGAUGCUUCUUUAUUUCAUUAAAUAAUAGUCUCUACACCAGUUUUCUAGUUGUUACCUCUAAUUACUUAUGGUGAUUCAAAAUUGCCCGCAGUGCAACAUUCGAGAAGUGAAAAAUAGUACACUGUAUCCAUAUAAUAAUAAUCAUAUAAGAUGAUAAAUAUGAAAAAAUCUUUUAUCUUACCCUGUUUUUUUAACUGGUUGGAUUAUAUAUAAUUGAAACUGCGUAAUUUGCACAAUGGGCGUUAGUAUUCUAUGCAAGAAUAGUACUUGCAUGAAAUGAAAACUAAGAGCUUUAAAUAGUGAAAAUUAAAUAUAGUAUAUUAUAUACCUACUUCAGUCGCUCAAUAUAAUACUUGUAAGCUAUUAAUAGCUUAUUCACUACUAUUCAUGUAUAUCUACGAUAAAACAUAAUAUACUUAAAUCUAUUAUACUUGUAAAAUUUAUACCAUUUUCCAAGAUCAAAAUUGUAUAAUCACCAUUUAACAUAAUAAUAUUGUAUAUAAUUUAACAAAAUAGAGAUGUUUAUUGUAAAGCAUUAUUGCUAUUCGAAGACAAUAAGAUUAUUAUUAAAUAUAAAAGAAAACUUUGGAAUAUAAUGAUAGAAAAAAACACAUUUAAUUUACGUUCUUAAUAAGUAAUUUUAUUUAUUUGAUUUUGGAGUGUGGUAUAAAGUUAUAUCGAAUUAUCAUAACAUUAUUUUUACUUAUUUAAUAAAAAAUAUGAGCUGGCCUCACUUUAUGACGGACUAUGUAUAUAAAUUAUGUACGGGUCCAUGUUUCGACUACUCAUAUUGCAGAGUUUAUGUAUAAUUCAUACUAAAUUCGGACCAUUUAGUGAGCGUAAAAAAAUUAAUCGUAGUUUGCAAAUGAGCGUUCCCUUGCCUACAUAAUAAUUAUAAUACUUGAUAGUACAAACACGUUCAUUAAUCAAUAUGUUCAAUACUCAAUGAGAUUACUCGAUACUUGUCAUUGUAUUCCUAUUUUUAAAGUUCAUUUAAACCUUUGCUUCUAAUUAUGAAAAAAUAUGAUAUAAAAAUUCGGUUUUGAUACACGUAAAUUAUCUUUUUUAUACAUAAAGAUAGUUACUUAGAAUUUUUGUAAAUUAUAAUAAAUGUGAUUCUUUGACAUAUAUAAAUUAAAUACAUUUUUCAUCUAAGAAAAACGAUGAUGACUAAUGUACAAAAAAAACGAAUUAUUAAAUUUGUUUAAAUUGACUUAUUUUGUUAAUGUUAAGUAAAUAGGUAAAUUAUUAUUAUUGGCAUUAACAAGAUCUCGGGAGGAACAUAAAAUCCGGUACAUCAGUAAUUGGAACGGCGAAGAAUUGCUUACGCGGUAGGUGAAAUUAUUAUGAUAUAAAAAAUAUGCGGUAUCGAAUUGUAAAUAAUCGCUAUACUUAAGUAACUUUAUGAAGCUAUUAGAUUAGACAUUAAUAAUUAUGUUAUCAAAAUCAGUGAGAUUAAUGUUAAUAUUACUAUAGUCAACAUGGAACUCACCGCAACUGUACAUUUGAUAUUUUCAAUCAACAGAAUCUCACCAAAGAUAUUAUGAAAAUAUCAAAUGUACAGAUUGUGCGUACGAAGUUCUUGCAUUGUCAUUAGAAUUAUACGCAGUUAGCAUUUAAUAUUAAAACUAACAUAGCCCAUAGGAGAAAAUAUAUCUACAAAUAAAAAAAAUGCAUAACCUGAAAUCAUUUUGUCAAUCUUUAUUCAUGUCAUACUGCCUAUUUUAUUGAUUUUGUAAUAUUCAAACAAAUAACGACGAACUAAAUCGAACUUGCAACGUUUCUACAUUGGUUUAAUUUUUUUUAUAUUAAAAUUAACAAUAAUAUAUACAUUAAUUCAAAUACUUACUUUAUCAAUUAUUUAUUUAUAUAGAUGGAGACAUUAUACUAACCAUCUCUACAUCUACCUAUAGUUAUUUAAUUAGAAAUGAUAAAAGCUUUAAUUUUAUUUAGGAAAAUCCUUUUUUAUGUUAUAGAAUUUAUAGAAAAUUACCUUAAAAGGUUACCGUAAAAAUCUUUAUGACAUUAUGAAUGAGAUGGAUAAUCUAUGGAGCAUAGAUAAAAGAAAGUUAUUUUAUUUGUGGUUAAUUAUUUAUUCAAUUCCAAUAGAUUUAUCACAUUAAUUAUGUAUAUUUCGUAAGCAUAACAUAAAAUUGAUUUCAUUAAAUUUUUUGUGAUUUUCGAAGCAUAUCAAUAAAGCGCAUUUACGCAUGACGUAGUCAUGAAAAUAUUUUGUUAUAUUUGGAUGAUACAAAUUUAAUACCUAUUAACUUAUUUUAUUUUUUAUGAUAAAAGUGAAUUUUAAAUAUUUUUCAUACCACUUUAAUGCAACAAUAACAUUUUUUUAAAUUAUUAUGAUUUUUUAAUUACAUAAACAAUACUUUGAAGUGACGAGGUGAAAAAAAUAUUUAUAUUAAUUAAUAGAUAACAAAACUAAAAUGCUAGCUUUUUGUAAAGUGAUGGUUUAAAAUACUUUUAUGGAAUAAAAGAUUAAUUAAAUUAUUCAAACUGAAUAAAUAAAAUCCUGGUUUUCUUAAACAAAAUUAUGCAAGAUUAUGUUAUAAUCUUCAUAUUCUAUCAAAAUACCUAAAUGGCUUAAAUUCAUACCUAAUUUUGCUUAAUCUAAGUUAAAGGAGAUAAAACUUUAUUUGAAAUAACACAACCCCAAAAAUAUAUUAAUUUUGUAAUAAACUUGAGUUGAGACUUAAUAUAACAAUCGGUAAUCUGAGGUUACAUAAUUUUAUUUUCUUAAAUCAAAACCGUAUUCUAUCAUUUAUUUUAGCAAUUUAAAGUUCCAAAUAAUAAAAUCUAGUCACUUUUGUAUUGUUCAGAGCAAAACUGUAUCGAAUCGUAAUUAAAUUCGUACAUAAAUAAAGAUAAACAGUAACAUAACCGCUUUAAUACAAAACGUUAACUAAAAUUAAACAACUCCCGAACUUUGAAUGUUCUUUGAGCUAAGUGAUAUUACUUUAGAAAAAAAGCCGUCUGAUAUUUUAAUCCUAUUGUUUAUGGUAAUUAGUAGCAACUUAAUAAAAUAAUAACGAAAAAUCAACAAGAGAUAUAUUUCACCACAGCAAAAUGAAACAUAAUCUUCAAAGAUUAUUUAAUCAAUUCUUUAAACAUUUAAAAAAAUGCGGUAUUCUUUUAUUUUAUUUUAGAAAUCAAAUUCUUUGUAAUUCAAGACGCAUAUUAUAUUGAUUGUGUAUUAUUUCAAAACUAGAGUAAACAAUAGCGCUACAGUAUACCACAAAAUGCUAAGCUUUCUUAAGCGAUUUUUAACUUUAAAACCAUAAACUUAAAAGUUUUAAUUAAUACAAUUUAAACCUGGGAUAGGUUACUGUUCGUUACAGCCCUUAUAGUGUUUUUAUUAGUCUAAAUUCGUAAUCUUGAAACAAUAACAAAAUAUACUCGCGGUUACUGAAAUAAGCAGACAUUUGGCCGGUUAAAAAAGUUGUUGGCGAUUUUAUACCUAUAAUCCUCUACCGGUUGAGAGAUCUCAAUCAUUCACUGAGAGGUCUACAAAUGCUUCGGUUUCCAAGCCUAACUUUUAUUAUUGAUCAAACAAUGGUACAAUAAUUUAUAAACUUAUAUCAACAGGGAUGAUGACGGGAUAUUGUAAACGAAAUUGAUGGGAUAUUGUUUAAAAUCAAAAAAUAAUGGACACAUACUUCAUUUUGUUAAAGUUGAAGCGUGUCAACAGUCUGAAAGUGAGGGCUCCUGACGUAACUUCUAAAUAAAAAUUGUACCGAGGCCUGACCACAGAUUACUUAAUAAAUACUAUAAGUCGCGACACGAAACUCUAGCGCUGACCGUUAUUGCGCAGAAGUAAAAAUUAAGAUGAGAUGGGGAAACGAGGUGCGCGGGCUGGCGUGCGUUGCGCCGAUUGUCUCUCCAGUCGUACCCAUGCGCAGCUAUCCCCUCCGCGGUUUGUUCAGCGCUAGAGUUACAUGCCGCGACCUGUACGUUACAGAUAAAUCACUCCCUACAAAAAAAAUCAUAUACCUACAGCGAUAAUAGCUUACUUCAUCCCGUCGCGACGCGUCGGCGACCGCUGCUUGCUAGAUUAUGCCUAAUACGCUCUACUAUAAAGUUGUUACCGAUUCGCAGCCGCCCGGCUUUGCUGCAAUCGUAGGUGAUGCCAGGGCUGCUGGCACCAUAAAAAUAAUUUUUACACACAAUAAUUUGUACCUUAAUGGCUUGUUUAAGAUUAGCAAUGUAAAUUAAAAUGAAUGAUAAACUUUAAAACUAUGAUCUAAUGUUACCUAGAAGUUACAAAUCUUCAUCAUCAUCAGUCCAUAAUAUCCUACUGCUGGAAUAUAGAUUUUCCUUAGUAUGAAGGAGUCAAGGGCAUAGUCCACCACGCUGCCUAGCCUAAUGCGGACUUUUAUUAUUUACAGUAUUUAAUUAUAACCAAAGCAGAUUAUAACAACUACAGAAUACGAAUAAUUCCAGGUUUUACGCAACGAUAUUUAAUACCCUCGAUACAACAACACGAACAAAAUCGUGGCCGAAACCUGACCAAAAGGUACGUUGGGCAUAAAAAAUAUAUGGCAUUAGUUAAACAUUGAAAGUCACCUUUAAUCCAUACUGAAUAAGGUCUUAAUUUUCGGUAGGUAAUUAACGCGCGCAAUUACAUGGAGUGACGGAAGCCUGACGUGAAGUCAUACAUCAUUUCAUAUCAAUAUAAUAUAUCUUUGUAGUCUUUUGGUUAUGCAAAAAAAUAAAAAUUCGAAUAAUAAUACUUGCACUGGCUCAUUAAUUAAUCGGAAUUCAACAAAUUGAUUUUAAACUUUGUGAGUUUGAUAUUAAGUUAAAAAUCGUUUAAGAAAAAUAUGGCACUAUAGUAAUUGAUGUAUGUUUAUUUAUAAAGCAGUCACUUCUUAUUGAAAUUCACUGUAUGUUCCUUAAUAUUUUCUUUGUUUUGGGGUUAGAUCGAAACUAAGGCUUAAGUUGAUAUGUACCUUUUGCUACGAAUCACUCAUGUUCGUUCCCUUUACCACUUAACACUUACAGACAUGGUGUAAUGUUUAAUGUUAUAAGGAGAAAUACAGUAAUAUUGUAAGCUUAUGUCGUACUGUAUGUAUACAUUAUACCUAGGAGACAAACUUCACAAUAAAAUGAAGACUUCAAUAAUGACCGCUUUUUAUUUUAGCUGCCAUUGAUAAAAACCUUACAUUGCGUCAUCCAAAACUACAGUACCCUCUAGGACGAACCAUUAUCGAAUUCGAAUAGUUUGAG